AUGCGGACUCCAGUGACCAUUCCUGUGCCUGUGCUCCGGCUGCCCCGGGGCCCUGGUGGCUUCAGCCGUGGCUUUGCCCGUGAUGGACGGAGAGCUCCCCUGAAGCCAGAGGUUCCUCAAAUCCAGGAGUGCCCCAUAGCUCAAGAAUCCCAGGAAUCCCAGAAGCAGCGGGCCCAAGCCGCCCUUCCGGAGCGAUACCUCCGAAGCCUGCUGGCCAUGGUGGGUCGUCAGGUGAGCUUCGCAUUGCACGAGGGUGUGCAUGUGGCUGCCCACUUUGGAGCCACCAAUCUGGACGUGGCCAACUUCUACGUGUCACAGCUGCAGACGCCCAUAGGUGUGCAAGCAGAGGCGCUGCUCCGAUGUUGUGACAUUAUUUCGUAUACCUUUAAGCCAUAAAGACAUUGUUCACCUUUCUGCUUGAGGCUAAGCCACUGCAUCCCAGGCCUUCCAAUGUUCUGGAGCCAGGAACUCUGGGCCCCAU